CUGAUAUACGAUUACCGAAAACCAGAUACUGCAGGACCAGGUAUCGACAUCAUUGUAGUCCCCAGUGCCUGGGCGCAGCACUCGCCAGGGCAAGUGAAGAGCGGUUGCUCCUGGCUCAAGCCCUUACUUCAAUCCGACCUCAAAGAUACUCGCGUGUUUCUCUUCACCUAUGCCUUGCAGACUGACGGAUCGUCUCUCUGGGACCAAUUAUUGAGCCAAGGCACUUCCUUGGUUGCCGGACUCCGUCAGAGCAGAACACAACCAGAAGCUUUGGCUCUUGGGAACGAUUCUCGAGAAGCCUAUCAAGAGGCUGUAUCCGGUAUCAUCUUCCUCGGGACCCCCCAUCUUGUGAGUACUUCGGCGGACGGUUGGAAGAUGGUGCGUCUCUUGAUGAAGCAUGAAGAAAGAGAAAUAUCGGAGGAUAAUAUGACCCCUUCCGAAAUGGAAGGGGUCAUCCGGGUAUGCAGACAUUUCGAGAACAUUCAGCUUCCAAUCUCGAUUUUCUCUAUCUACGAGCUUAAAGAAACCAGG